AUGACCGAAAUCAAUUCAGCACCAGAGUUUGAAUCCAUUGCUGCCCUCAAAGCAGUAAAAGCAGGACACGCAAAUGACGUCGAUAUAGCUGCGCAGGUUCUCGCCGAUAAUUUAAAUGGUAAUAUUUCGGAAUCAUGGACGUUAGCAGAAGACAAAGGUCUCAUCCGCAAGAUUGAUUGGCGACUUAUUUCCAUUGUGAGAAAGAAAAUCCCUUCCACAUGACCACACGAAAGACUGACAGAAACCAAAGCUUUUUGUCUGUGCUACUCUUUCCCCCCUUCGAUGA